UUUUUCUGGUCGCCGCGUCUCUGUGAUGCAGUUUCUAUCUCUUGCCAAUGGAUGCUCAUAAAAGCCCCCUAUGUGUGUGCUAGUCGGUUAAUGUUUAACGCAACUCCGUAUGUCUCUGUCCAAUUAGCUUCACCCAGUCAGUCCAUGGCCGAUCAGCAUGAGUCCAUCGAUCUCACGUCUCCUCCAGUGGACUCGUCAGCAGCUCCAGGAUUCAGCUGGUUCCCUGCACCCCCUCCGCCCAUGUACUCCUGCACCCUGACCCCCGAGCUGGUGCACAAAGCACGGGAGGAGCUCCAGGAGAAGCCAGAGUGGCGUCUGCGGGAUGUCCAAGCACUGAGGGACAUGAUUCUGAAGGAACAGCCCAAUCUCAGGACCCGGCUGGAUGACGCCUUCCUCCUGCGCUUCCUGCGGGCCAGGAAGUUUGACUACGACCGUGCCAUGCAGCUGCUGCUCAACUACCACGCCGGUCGGAAGGCUUGGCCUGAAGUGUUCCAGGACCUGAAGCCGUCCACAGUGAAGCACGUCCUGGACCUGGGCUUCCUCACAGUGCUGCCACAGCCCGACCCCAACGGGAGAUACAUCCUCUGUCUACGCCCAGGGAAAUGGAAACCAAAUGAUUAUCCGUUUGUUGACAAUGUGCGGGCCCUGUAUCUGACUCUGGAGAAGCUGAUCCAGCCGGAGGAGACGCAGGUGAACGGUAUUGUCAUUUUGGCCGACUACACCGGAGUGGGCAUGUCACAAGCGUCUAAUCCUGGCCCAUUCCUCGCCAAAAAAGUUGUGAGCAUCCUCCAGGACGGGUUCCCAAUCAGAAUCAAGGCUGUUAACAUAAUAAACGAGCCCAGGAUUUUCAAAGGCAUCUUUGCUAUAAUUAAGCCCUUCCUGAAGGAGAAGAUGGCAGAGAGGUACGUCCUCCACGGCUCGGACCUGCGCUCCCUGCACAGAAACAUCCCCCGCUCGGUGCUGCCGGAGGAGUACGGCGGCUCGGCGGGACAACUGGACUUGUGCUCGUGGUCGAGGGUGCUGCUGGACUGUGAGGAGGAGUUCAUAGUGGAGUUCUGCCAGCCGGACCCACUAGAGGGCGUGGUGCUCCCAGACUCCAUGCUGUUUGAAGGGGAGGCCGGUGGGCAGGACGACGACACCUUCAGGGGGCUGCGCUCUCAACUCUACUACUGUUACUGACACACUCACUGAGAGGACUCUUUCUGUUUCAACUGGAACGUGGGUAGACUUUUAAAAGGCAAGUUGCCAAUCUUAUACAUGAUUUAUUUUACUAACUAACUAACUUAGCAGCACUAUAGGUUGAAAGUCUAUUGUAGUUCACACGUAGCCCAGUAUUUAGUCGUGGACCUAAGGCAGCUGCAGGCUCAGGCAGAGAGGCUUUUGACACAAAGCAUGUUUGGCCAUUAUUAGUGGCCCCUCUGAGGAGUUAUAUCUGGCCCUCUAAGGAAAGGUUCACAUUUAUCCAUAUUCAGUAACACAUCUGUACAUUGCAGCAGGUUUUUCCUGAUUUCUUUGUUCUAACUAGACAUUAAAGGAUCCCUUCCUAAUGUGCGUACAAUAUAAGGAAUAGGCAAACUCUUGAAAAGCAGCUGAUUUUCGAGGAGACCAAACUAAAAACCAUUUUGUCAGGCUUUAAGAAAUGCUUUUGAGUCCAAACCUAAGUGGAUUAAUCUGUGUCCUCAAUGAGGGGCUCCUGGCAGCUGCAUAUUGCUUUCAUGUGAUGGGCCUCAUGAUGAAUUACCUACAGUAGUACCUUGAGUUUAAAAAAAAUCAUAGAGAACUCAUUGCCAUCCUCAGUUCAGUUUGGAUAAAGAUAUGACCGUGGUUUCUGUGUGUGGGACGACAAAGAGGGGCGACUGCUUGUUCAAAAUAACAAUGGAGGAUACUUAAUAGGUUAGCGGAGAGGCUGCAGAAGCAUGCGUUAUAUCAGAGUUGGAGAGUCUUUCUUAAUUAAAGCAAAACAGAAAAGGCCUUUCGAAAUGUAAUAGAUGUUUUCUGUUUUUCCUCCCAACUGAUGGUUUAUCCAAUCAUGAGAAUUCAGCAGUACCAGCUAAGCAAAUCAUUCGGGUGUUUAAAACAAUGUCCAGGGACUUUCAUACUGAAACACUAAAAUGUAGACACUAUUUUGAUUUGGCUAACAGGCUGCUUUUGGUUCUAGCUAAACAUUGAAAAUACAAGACUGUGGAUCUCUUUAACAGCCAGUACAUGUCCGUCUUGUUUAAAAGAAAGCGUGGAAAAGUGUGAACCUCUCCUUUAAUUGAAUCAAACUGACUCAAGUCAUUUACUGGCCAUCAGUGCUCUGUCUGUAUCGUAGCAUCACUCCACAACCCAACAUGUUUUUGUGUAAACAGUCUAAUAUUUUGCCUUAAACUGUUGAUUUCCCAUGUGGUAUAAAUCAUGUUGGAUUUGUUUGAACCAAAGUGAUAUUCAUGUGUUUUCUCCACCGGGCUUUGAGUGGAUUUACUACAAAUUGAUGUCUGCUGUAACUGAGAGAAUAGAACAGUAACUAAUGUCUAACACAGUAUUCGAAGGCCUUUGUUUUGAUGAUGCUUCGGUUUUCUUUAGCUUUGCCUUAUGCUUUUUAAACUUUUGUAUUUCAACUGUUCUCAUCACUCAGUCUUAACACGGGGGCCAUCACUGAUGGUAUAAAACAUUUAGACUUUAUAGACAUCCCGUUUGCCAAAUUUCCCACCAGGCCAUGUACAGAAGUGUGCAAUGCUGUUGGAUCUGUUUCCUCGCGGUAGAAAACUUGUAUAGUUGAUUGUCUUUUAUAUUUUUAUUUCAAGCAUGUCUGUGAAUACAAACUAUAUUGUGUUUCAGGAUAAUGGUGGUAGUAAAGACCAUAAACUGAAACGGAUAAAGUGUUAUUUGUGUCA